AUGGCUGCUGAGGAGUUGUCAGAAGCUGGCCUGGCCGAUAUCAUUCGAGCCCUUGAGGCGAUUCACAGCCCUGCAUCUUCGAACGAGCUUCGCAAAGAGGCCUUGUCCUUUGUUGAAUCACUCAAAAAUAGCGACGCGGCUGCUCGCAACGGCUUUUUGCUUGCCUCACGCGCGGACCAUGCCUACGUCGUACGGUACUUUGGCUUGACCUUGCUGGAUCAUGUCCUCCGCCAUCUAUCUUUCUCCCACACUGAAGUAUCCGCGAACGUGCGCUCGAUGAUCCUCCAACUCGCCGAGAACAUUCGCCCCGAAGACCCUGCCUAUUUCCGCAACAAGAUCCCCCAGCUGUGGUCGGAGGCUGCCAAGAAGAGUUGGACCUUGGAUUGGAUUGACAUGGAUGCGGCACUUGUGAAGUUCUGGGGUUCGUCUUUGGUACACAAUGAGCUAGUCCUUGCCGUUUUGGAGACAUUGUCCGAGGAUGUUUUCUUCCGCGAGGAUACCGUCUCAUCGUUGCGUGGAUCUGAACUCAAUCGUGCAUUGGUGGAGAUUUUCACCCCUGCUGCAAUUGUUGAGCAACUCAACCCAGACAAAAACACACGUGUGGCAGAACGAUGUGGUGAGGAAGGUUGGCUCGUUCGGAUUUGCGAGUUUUUGGAUAACUGCGUAACAAAUGCUUCCAACUCUUCCCAAGCUCGUGAUUCAGCAGUUAAAGCGCUGAUGGCCCUACGUUCUGCACUAUCCUGGUCAAUCUACAAAGCAGUUGUGGCGUCACAGGUCGUACCCGCCAUCUUCAGGUCAUUGACCUGCCAAGAUGAACAGGUUUUACUUGCCGGAAUUGAGGCGUUGCAUGCGCUAUAUGGUAGGAGCAACAUGGGCAACGAAGAGUCUCAGGCCCUUGUUUGUCUCCUUUUCGAACCUGAGUAUCUUACCACUCUUCAAAGCUUGUACGAAUGGUCGAUUGUGGGCCCAGAUGACAUUGAUGAACCCAAAUAUCUGAUUUCGAAGAAGCUUUCUGAGAUGGUCUCUUAUGUUGCGGGUUGCUUAGAGGAUGAACGACUACUAAGAGAUACCAUGCACCGCUUGGAUCUUCCGACUUUCUUUAACUUCAUGGUGAACAUCAUGCGACAUGACAGCUUGACUGUCUCAAUCCCUGUUUUGCAUUUGUGGUCUAGACUACUGGUCAUCAAUACGAUCGGCAGAUUGGACUUUGUAGUGUCACAGACCCCAAACCUUUUGAACAUCUGUACCCAGAGAUUGAUCCGGUGGGAGUCCCUUCCUACCGAGUCCGAAAACCCAACAGUGCAGUUUCUUGUGGAGGAUAUUGAUACGAUUCCCGAACGUCAUGCCUUUGUUGGAAACUAUCGCCGUUACUGUUCAUCAAUCAUUGAGACUAUUACCUUCAAGCGACCCCAGGAGGCGGUUAGUGAGAUUCUAGGCAGGGUGGAUGGUAACCUGGACAAUCUUUACGAUGGUGCUCAGCCAUUCAGUAUGAAGACCUUCAGCAAAUCUUCCAUCCCACUGAUGCGCGCAGAUGCUCAAUUUACAGUUGUGGAGGCAGUCAUUAAGGGCUAUUCCAAAUGGGUUGAGGCUCAUGGCAAAGCCCCGCAAAAAGAUGAGCAGGAACGGAGCGGAUUAGAAUAUGCCGUGGAGAAUUGGGCCUCAACCCUGAUGCAAAGAUUAUAUGAAGACCCUGUGAUGAAACAGCGAGUCAUCAAGCUGGUUGUUGACGUUUCUUCCCGAGCUUUGGACAACCACCCCGCCUUUGCUUUAAAAGUACUCGAGCAUAUCCUCAUGACCCGGCUCCAGGAUUAUCCUGAGUUCCCAGCCUAUUCUGAGGCCGUCAAGGAAUUGCACGGAUUGGCUAGCCAUGAGCUUCGCCGCCUUGCAAUCCGUUAUGCCGACUACUUUUCUACAUUCUAUGAUUUGCUUGAACCCAAGAUCAGAGAGAUCACACAGGCGAAUCGCGUCGAUGACAAGCUGCAAAUGGAACUCACAUCUAUCCUGCUUAUCAUUAUGCAACGAGCAAACAACAUCGACCCCAAUGUACGUAUUAGUCGACUGAAUUCAUUCCUUGCACCAAUCCGAGAGGCGUGGCAGGAUGAACAGUUCUGUCAUAUGAGUUCAUCGUUCGAAGGCUUUUGCGCAAUGCUAGGACUGGAAAAUGUCGGGUCAUACAUGCAGGCAUUGCAGGCACACAAGCUGUCAGAUUGGUCAUCCGCCCCCUUGGACGGCCAAGGAAAGGUUGUCCAGGAGGAGAUGACCAAGAAAUUCCAAAUGCUCCCACUACGGGGCACCAAAACCAUGCUCGCAGUGUCUACAGACAAGCUCAAGAAGUCCGCUCCGGCAUACGCAGUUGCUUGCAAUAUGUGGCAUGAAUUGAUUCCACAGAUUCUGCGGACCCUUCUUCCCCUGCUUACCAAUGUUCAUGCUUUUCACAAUCCGUCCAACUGGACAGUGAGUGAUGAAAUGCGAGCAGUGGUUGAACGAAUCUUGACUGAUCGCUUUUGGCAAGCCGGUAUCUCCAGUGGGAGUCGUGACGACUUCUAUGCCAGAAUUACUGCCUCCAAGUCAACCAUUGAGGGCUUUGCAUCCUCUGUGCGCGGAAAGAUCAGAGCAGUUCGUGAAGCCUGUUACUCUAUGUUAUUCAGCAUGAGCAGACUGCGCGAUCAAUUUUACGGAUAUGCCGAGCUACCCGGACCUUUGUCCGAAGCCCUUUUCAAGGAUGCUGAGCAUCUAUCCUCUCACCAGUAUUCAGUCCUCCUCAACAUUUCACGUUGCCUGAUCGACGACUGCCCGGUGCAGUACCGCAACCAGUUUCUCCCCCCUAUGCUCUCCACUUUGUUCAGAAGCAUUGAUCGUAAGAUCACUACCGAGUGGGAAAUCAUCGAACAACGAAAGAACGGCCUCGCCGAUGGAGAUCUCACCGACGAAAUGAAAUCCGAAAGUGUGCUCCGUCAACUGACAUAUUCAGCCGUUAUCAUGGUGGCUAGUUUGUUCGAUCCACAGAGAGGAGACCCCGAUAGAGCAGAGGCGGACCCGAGCGCUCCUCAGGGCACUCCCGAGCUUUCAGAUUCAAUUCGUCAUUUUGUUCUCUCCUCGGCAGAAAUUUUCGAACCCCUUAUGCUUUUCUGUACUCACGCGCUCCGCAUGCGAGAUACCCGAUGCUGUAGCAUCAUCACUCGUGUUAUUCGAUCGAUCCUUCCCGACUUCGCCCCCCCUAAUAACAGCCAAACCACCCUCACUAUCCGCGAGUUUAUUUGUACAGAUGUCCUCAAGGCAUGCAUCACAUCGGUUCAUGAGCCAUACUUCGUCGACAUGCAGAAAGAUUUGGCACAGCUCAUUGCGUCGAUCUGGGUCUUGUACGGGACGGAAACUUCUACCCCAAUGGAUAUCUUUCUUGAAUUACCAGGCAUCACCGUGGAGAAGCUUGCACACACAGAGUCCGCACUUCAUCGAUGCACUUCUCCUCGCCAGCAACGUGCUUUGGUGCUCGAACUCCUUGAGCCUCUGCGUGGUGUCAGCAUUGCCGAGCAAGGAAAGAUUCUCGGUACACGCGAGGAGCGUCGUAAGGCCCGCACUGCUCUUCAGGAGCGGUAUAUGACCAACGAGAUGGAGACUCAGCAGUCAAAUCACCGCGUCGAUAUUAAUGAUGGGCCUGAUCUCUCCGGGGUGGCUGAUAUGUUCGGAUAA